UCACAGACUUCUCUGAGCACUAGAGGGCAGCACUGCAGCAUGGACGUGGAUGUGAGCCGUAACGUCGAGGCGGCGAGGAAGAGGAACAAACAGGAAGAUGCAGAGGGCAGCUGAUGGUGCUGACAGAUCUCAGCUUCUAUGCUCCAACUAAGGACAUCUGAAGAAGAAGAAAGUAGCUGUGAAAUUUCCCAACUCAGACAAGCAGUGUUGCAAAACAAUGCCAGACUCCUCAAUGAGAUGCUCUGCCAAGAAAUCUAUAAGAAGGUCAUCAACUGCAGAGGUGGCUGGGGCAUCGCAGGCACGCCUCUCCACGCUGCCGUGUCCAAAGGCCAUCUCAGCUGUCUGCAGGUUCUGCUAGCCCACGGCGCCCUCGUAGACUGUGCUGAUGUCAAGGCUCAGACGCCUCUCUUCGCAGCCGUCCGUGGGAAGUACCUAGACUGUGUCUUAGCGCUCCUCGGAGCUGGCGCAAACCCCAACGGGAGCUCGGCCAACAACUGCUCCCCCGUCCUCACAGCUGCUCGGGAGGGGGAUGUGGAGAUAUUAAAGGAACUGCUUAAACACGGCGCAGAGGUGAAUUCUCGCUCUAAAGUUUUGCUCUGGACUUCCAGUGCCAGGGUGUCCAGCGGGCCGCUCUACCUGGCUGCCGUCUAUGGACACAUGGAGUGUUUCAAACUGCUGCUCCUCUACGGGGCAGACCCGGAUUAUAACUGCACAGAUGCAAAGCUGCUGAGUUCUAUCAAGCAGCCCAAAACUGUGCUGGAGAUGUGCCUCAGGCAUGGCUGCGGCGUGGAGUACGUCCAGCUCCUGAUCGACUUCGGUGCUAACGUCUACCUCCCAACGCUGAUCAUCGAGAAGUCCACCAAGCAGAACGAGGCUGUGGAGCUGCUUCUGGAGGAAAGAGGAAAUCCAAAGGCCUUGACUUCACAGUGCCGACUCGCUGUCCGAAGAUACCUCAAAAAGAUCAACAAGAUCCACUGUAUCGAUCAGCUGGACAUGCCGACGAGUCUCAUAAACUUCUUGCAACACAAACAAGUCCCAGUCACUGUCCUGUAGAUAAUUGAGCCGGAGAUAUGCGAUAGAAAAUGUUAUUUGAGCUAAAGCGUUUGUUUGGCUUGUAGACUACCUUUACCUUUUUUUAAAACAAAUGAAUUCUGUUUAUUCAUGUGCUGUUCUCUUAAGAGUGCUUCUUAAGUCGAAACAUUAAAUGUGUGGAUAAGUGUGUGUACUUAUGUUUUAUUACUUGUACUUACCCUGCAGUUAGUGUUGAAAAAACGCUCUGAAGGAGUUCUUUGUCACAUGUUCAUCACAAGUUAGUUGCUCCUUUUAGAAGAGCUGCUUGCCUCUGUCUAUUUAAAUACAUGCACGAGUGCUUAAAAUGAAUCAGUAUGUGUGCACACAGAGUGAAACUGUGGUCUAAGAUAAUGUUCAAAAUAACCACAUCCAAGCAAAUCAAAUAAAAACAAACACAUAAAUGA